CAUCGAAGAAAUUCAUCGAAGACAUUUUACUCUGUAACGCGCCACGUCUGUACAUUUAGAGUUGAGAGGCUAUCGAAUUAUUUUUUCAUCAUAGGAGAUGGCUCCAGAUGGAAAAGAAUUGCUUGAGACUGUUUUUGGCUUGCUUACGAAAAAAGUUCGAAAGACGAAAGAAAGGAUGUUGGAAGAAGAUGUCGUUAGUGAAAUCGAAUCGAUAAAAUUUCAAUUGGAUGCACUCGCAAAAUCACAUCUUCUAACAAGUAUCACUUUGUUUAAAGAAGGUGUACUUUCCCUUUUCAAAAUAUUAGACAGAAAGGAAAGAGGUGAUUAUCGCAUGGAAACAGCACAGUUAACCGCAGAUUUAUCUGCAGAGAAUCCGAAGGAUGUGUCCCAAGAAUCACCAACAGGUCUUUCGAGUACAUUUUAUCGGGGUUUGCAAGACUUCAAACUAGAAAACUUGGAUGAGGAAGGCCACCGAGCGCUAUUGACUGCGAAAGAGGAUUUUCACCAGGCCCGCCUGAAAGCAACAGAAGCGUUUAACAAUGAAAGUCUGAGCACGUUGAAUCGCAUUCAAGCAACAGCCAUCCGUGUUGCAGCAAAAAUUCUCGAAAACGUGGAUCAUCCCCAAGAGGCGCUGGCGGUGUGUAAAUUGUCUCUUGAUGAUCUGCACUCCUUGAAGAGAGUGCAGGAAAGUUUUAGCGGGGAACUAACAAAGGGUUUUCGCAGACCUCUUUUUGGCAAAGAAGAGCGCAGGCAGAUAAUUGCGUCUGUUUGUCAAAUGAACCGGGUCAUCUACGACGUCAUGUCGAUGAUCGGUAAAAGUGGGGAGCUGCUCUCGCUACCUUUGAUCGGCGAGGGAAAGGAUGCAAUAAAUCCACUGCAUGACUCCAGAGUCGCCGAAAUUCUUUGUAGACUUGACAUGGAGCAGUUUUCCGUCCAGCCCUUGACACUUGGCCAACAAGAUGAAAAAGACAACCAGCUUAAAAUACCACAGGGUAUUGCUGCAGACUCACAAGGUCGCAUCAUUGUUGGCGAUGAAUGGGAUUGCAAUGUUAAAGUUUACGAUGGCUUUGGCAAGUUCCAGUACUCAUUUCCAUGUCCUCCGAGUGGCGAUCCCAACAUAGUCUCAAGCAUCGCCGAUAUAGCUACCGAUGACAGUGACAACGCCUAUAUCUUGAUUGAGGUGGAGAAGUCGACGAUGGCGUACUACCAAGUGUAUGCGUUUACGAAGCAGGCGGUGUUACAGUGCUUUUCUCUCAAAGAAGAGCCCAGAAAAGUCUUAAGGAUGACAUUAAACAAAGAAAACGAAGUUCUCGUGAUAGCCGACGUUUUGGACCAAAGCUAUACCAAGAGCAUUGUGGAGGUUUAUAACAAAGCAGGGCAGUUCCUGCACAGCUUCGGAGAACAACAUUUGAAAUGUUCACAAGAUUUGACUGUAGCUGGAGAUGGCCGUAUUCUUGUCCUGGACAAAGACGAUGAUUGCUCUCUUACCAUUCACGUCUUUCUCCCAAAUGGAAAACAUUCAUUCCAGUUUAACGUAGAUAAACAAGAAGAACCUUGUAACCAAAGAUCAAGGCCCUCCAUUGCUUGUUACCAGGCACUUAAUAAUGUAGUUGUGGCUGUACCUUGUAAGAAUUCUAUGGGAACGGGACACUGCGUAAAAAUUACCGUUUACGCCUUAAAAGAUGACAGACAUGAAUCUGUUCGCAGCAUUGAACUCGCCGCAAAUGAACAGGUUUCUACCCGAGGAAUCACAGUCACCUUUAAGGGACACGUCGCAGUCGCUAUACUUGAUAGGAGCGAAGGUAACAGCAGAGCGAUUUUUGUGUAGAACAAGGCUGUGGUAUCGCAUCAAAUCGAUGUGUUUACGUUUGCUAAUGACUAUGGCAAUUCUUUUUUUAAAAACAUAUUUUGAACAUUUGAGCG